AACACCGAGUUUGUGCCACAUUGCGGCCCACACCUGCUGUAUUCCCCUCUGCGAAGCCAGAGCUUCGGCUAGGCAACGUCACACCUCCUGAGGACAGCCAGGAGGACUCCGGCUUUUGCUGAGCAUUGCAUCUUACCUCUUCCUUUCAAAGGCUCCAGAUCCCAGCUUACCUGUCCUCGAGCUUACCUGUGCCCCAACCAGGCAUCCCACUACCCCUCCAGCCCAGCCCAGCCCUACAGCUCACCUCCAGGCCCUGGAGCCUGCCCUCCUGCCCAGAAUGACUCACCAUUAUUUCUAGCUCAAGUGAGAAGAUGUGAUGGGGUGUCGGGCUGCCCAUUUGUGUAUCUAGGAUUCCUGAAGCAUCGGAUCAGCUCUGCAAGAAAGAGAGCUGCAGAUUCGUGCCUUGCCAGCCAAGCGAGGCUCUCUCUCCAGCUCUCAGGGAGCCCUGGGGGCUCUCCCGCUGGAACCCAGGCUGAUGCCGCUGUGUUUCCUGGGGCCGUAAGCACCAUCCCGAGCUCCCGGCCACCAGGCAGCUAGAAGGCGCAGCGAGAGGCGCCUCUCCCAGUUCCAAUUAUGACAGUGGCCACCGGAGACCCAGCGGAUGAGGCUGCUGCCCUCCCUGGGCACCCGCAGGAUACCUAUGACCCAGAAGCAGACCACGAAUGCUGUGAGAGGGUGGUGAUCAACAUCUCCGGGCUGCGGUUUGAGACUCAGCUAAAGACCUUAGCCCAGUUUCCAGAGACCCUCUUAGGGGACCCAAAGAAACGGAUGAGAUACUUUGAUCCCCUCCGGAAUGAGUACUUUUUCGAUCGGAACCGCCCGAGCUUUGAUGCCAUUUUGUACUACUACCAGUCUGGGGGCCGGUUAAGGCGACCCGUGAAUGUGCCCUUAGAUAUAUUCUCUGAAGAAAUUCGGUUUUAUGAGCUGGGAGAAGAAGCAAUGGAGAUGUUUCGGGAAGACGAAGGCUACAUCAAAGAGGAAGAGCGUCCUCUGCCUGAAAAUGAAUUUCAGAGACAGGUGUGGCUUCUCUUUGAAUACCCAGAGAGCUCAGGGCCUGCCAGGAUUAUAGCUAUUGUGUCUGUCAUGGUGAUCUUGAUCUCAAUCGUCAGCUUCUGCCUGGAGACAUUGCCCAUAUUCCGGGAUGAGAAUGAAGACAUGCAUGGCAGUGGAGUGACCUUCCAUACCUACUCCAAUAGCACCAUCGGGUACCAGCAGUCCACUUCCUUCACUGACCCUUUCUUCAUCGUAGAGACCCUCUGCAUCAUCUGGUUCUCCUUUGAGUUCUUGGUGAGGUUCUUUGCCUGUCCCAGUAAAGCCGGCUUCUUCACCAACAUCAUGAACAUCAUUGACAUUGUGGCCAUCAUCCCCUACUUCAUCACCCUGGGAACAGAGCUGGCUGAGAAGCCAGAGGAUGCUCAGCAGGGUCAGCAGGCCAUGUCACUGGCCAUCCUUCGAGUCAUCCGGUUGGUAAGAGUCUUUAGGAUUUUCAAGUUGUCCAGACACUCCAAAGGUCUCCAGAUUCUAGGUCAGACCCUCAAAGCCAGCAUGAGAGAAUUGGGCCUCCUAAUAUUCUUCCUCUUCAUCGGGGUCAUCCUUUUCUCUAGUGCUGUCUAUUUCGCAGAGGCCGAUGAGAGGGAGUCCCAGUUCCCGAGCAUCCCGGAUGCCUUCUGGUGGGCAGUCGUCUCCAUGACAACUGUAGGCUAUGGAGACAUGGUUCCGACUACCAUUGGGGGAAAGAUCGUGGGUUCCCUGUGUGCAAUUGCAGGUGUUUUAACCAUUGCCUUACCGGUCCCUGUCAUAGUGUCCAAUUUCAACUACUUCUACCACCGGGAGACAGAGGGAGAGGAGCAGGCCCAGUACUUGCAAGUGACAAGCUGUCCAAAGAUCCCAUCCUCCCCAGACCUAAAGAAAAGUAGAAGUGCCUCUACCAUUAGUAAGUCUGAUUACAUGGAGAUCCAGGAGGGGGUAAACAACAGUAACGAGGACUUUAGAGAGGAAAACUUGAAAACAGCCAACUGCACUCUGGCUAAUACAAACUAUGUGAAUAUUACCAAAAUGUUAACUGACGUCUGA